AUGGCAUAUAGAUUAAAUCCAGUCGAUGAGGAUUACGUACAGGCAAAGGUAAAUAAAGAUAAACAGAAUACAACCACCAAACUCCCGAAGAUUUUCAAUAAAAACCCAAACAAUUAUUCCAAUAUUAAACUAGAGAAAUUCAAACCAUGGAUAACUGAAGAAAUUAAUAAGCAACUACCUGACGAUGAUAUAAUCAUUGAUUACAUUUACGAGUUGUUACAAGACUAUGGAAAUGAAACAGGGAAGGAGUUUCCCGAUAUUUUGAAUAUAAAUUUACAAUUAACAGAUUUCUUGGGGGAGAAGGAAUCAAGAGUAUUUUGUAAGCAACUAUGGUCCUUGAUUCUAGAGGCAUCGAACGAACCUGAUGGCAUUCCUACAGUCUUAAAAGAAAAGAAGGAAAAACCAACCAUUGUCCAGAAAGAAGAAUGUAAAUCUACACAAAAGACAAAAACAAAGAAAACAAACUAUAAUAGAAGCUCCUCUCUUGUGUCUGAUCUGAAUAGAAGACCUCGAACGAUUGUCAACAGGGAAUAUGAACAUCGAUAUACCACAACAGCACCAGAUUACCAACAUAGAUAUAGGUCUAGAACUGAAAGAGAUAGAGACGAAUCAAUAUAUCGAAGGAGACACUAG